AGCAGAAAUAUCAUAUCGUGUAGGUAUUUAAAGAUUUUUUUAUCCUGAGCAUUAAAAAUUUAGGCACGUCCGCAUACAGAUUGGCACACCUAAAUAAAAAUGCAAGUGUGUUACCUCUUUAUUCUAGUAGGCUUCAUUGGAUUUGUGGUUGCAGAUCCAGUCGUACAAAUUAAAAAUGGAAAAGUUGAAGGAUAUACAAGAACAUCCCCAAAUAAUGUAAAGUUCAAUGCUUUUCAAGGUAUUCCUUAUGCUAAACCUCCCGUAGGAAAUUUGAGAUUCCAGGCUCCUGUUCCCCAUGAUAAAUGGUCGAAUACGUUGCAGGCGAAACAAGACGGAAAUAGAUGUUUUACAGUAGCCAAAGAUACAGUCGAUGAAAAUGAAGAUUGUUUAUUCAUUAAUGUCUAUACUCCCGUAGUAAAUGGUUCUACAACAGCCCACCUCCCAGUUAUGGUUUACCUCUAUGGAGGCGGUUUUAGAGAUGGGGCAUCUCAGUACAACGUAUACGGACCUGAUUAUCUAAUUGAAAAAGGUGUUAUCAUGGUAUCAAUGAACUAUCGAGUGGGUCCUUUCGGAUUUUUAUCUACAGGGGACAAAAUCGUUCCCGGAAAUGCUGGUUUGAAAGAUCAGCGAUUAGGAUUAAAAUGGGUAAAGGAUAAUAUCAAGCAAUUCGGAGGAGAUCCCCACAAAGUUACUCUGUUUGGACAAAGCGCUGGCGCUGCUUCAGUGGGAUUACAUAUUUUGAGUAAAACUUCUGCUGGUUUAUUCCGAGCUGCUAUUGCUGAAAGUGGGUCAGGAAUCAGUAACUGGGCAUAUCUCAAAGAUGCUUCUCUAUAUGGAUUUGAUCUUGCUUCUAAAAUCAACAGUUCAGUAACCCUUAAGACCAAUCAAGAGCUAUUACAAUAUUUACAAAGUGUUCCUGCUAAAGAAAUAGAUGUAGCAUCGACCAAAACUGAAAUAAACCAUCCUCUUCCAGUUGUCGAAGUUGAACACGAUGAUGCAUUUUUAACGAAAAAUUUUUAUGAACUUCUGGACAGCGGUGAUUUCAACCGAGUUCCUCUAAUAAUUGGUGCUAAUUCUGAGGAAUACAUAUCAUUAGUCAAGGACAUGGCAGCUUUGGCUAAAAGAGGAGCUUCAUACGAUGCAAAUGUGAAAAAACUUGUUCCAAAGAGCAUGAAUAUAGUAGAUAAUGCCAAAAAACAGGAGAUCGGUGAAAAAAUUAGGAGUAUAUAUUUGAGUUCGAAUCAGAAGUUUGAAGAUAACUUAGGACUUACUAUAGCGUAUAACACUGAAAGUCACUUUUUGAAUCCGGCUAUUAAACAUGGAGAAAUUCAAUCAAAAUAUACAGAUGUUUAUAUUUAUAAGUUUUCACAUGGUGGUCCUAUGGGAAGAAAUGUGAACGUAAGCUUACCUGGAGCUGAAAAAUGUACUCAUGGGGAAGAGAUGUUCUACAUAUUUAAAAGAAGAUUAUCAGGUUACGACAAUUCCGAUUUAAGUCAAUUUCCUCAAGCUGACGUAUUGACUCAUACAAGAAUGAUCACAUUGUGGACAAACUUUGCAAAAUAUUUAAACCCAACUCCAGAAAAAGACGAAGUUUUGCAAAAUCUAAUUUGGUCAAAAUCGACUCCAAACAAUUUCAACUAUUUGGAUAUAGAUACUGAUUUAAGUAUUAAAACCGAUAUGAAACAAGGACGAUACAAAAAAUGGAUGGAACUUUUUGAAAAAGAAGCUUUACCACCUCGCGUAGUAGUGUAACGGAUAUAAAUAUUUGAAUAAACACAUAAUCAAAUGAG